AUUUUUGAGUUUGGCAUUUUUGUUGCCAUUUGGUUUUAUGGACAGAAUGGCCCAGUUACUUCUUAGGUUGUCACUAGUGUUGAGAGAGACAUUUCAUAGGCCCAUUCUGUCUUGCAUGUUGCUAAGCACUGUGAGUGCUUUUUAGAAAACUACUUGUAAUUUUAUUUGUGUUUUCUCCUAGGGACUUAAGCCACAACCGAUUGUCUUUCAUCAAAGCAAGCUCCAUGAACCACCUCCCAUACCUACGAGAAAUGAAACUAAACAACAAUGAAUUGGAGAGCAUUCCAAAUCUGGGACCAGUCUCCACAAACAUUACACUUCUCUCCUUGGCCGGAAACAGAAUUAUUGAAAUCGUGCCUGAACAUUUGAAACAAUUCCAGUCCCUGGAAACUUUGGACCUGAGCAGCAACAAUAUUUCAGCGAUUAGAAUGGCAUUUCCAUCUCUACCACUGAAGCAUCUGUAUCUCAACAGCAACCGAGUCACUGCCAUGGACCCUGGUUGUUUUGACAACUUGGCCAGCACACUCCUGGUGUUGAAGCUGAACAGGAACCGGCUCUCAACGAUCCCGGCCAAGAUGUUUAAACUGCCCCACCUGCAGCACCUUGAGCUGAACCGAAACAAGAUCAAGAACGUAGAUGGACUCACGUUCCAAGGGCUUGGUGCUCUGAAGUCUUUGAAACUGCAAAGAAAUGGAGUGACAAAGCUUAUGGAUGGAGCUUUUUGGGGGCUAAGCCACAUGGAAAUCUUGCAGCUGGACCAUAACAACCUAACAGAGAUUACCAAGGGCUGGCUUUAUGGCUUGCUGAUGCUGCAGGAACUUCAUCUCAGCCAAAAUGCCAUCAACAGGAUCAGCCCUGAUGCCUGGGAGUUCUGCCAGAAACUCAGCGAGCUGGACCUGACUUUCAAUCACUUAUCGAGGUUGGAUGAUUCGAGUUUCCUUGGCCUGAGUUUAUUAAACACACUGCACAUUGGGAACAACAAAGUCAGCUACAUUGCUGAUUGUGCCUUCCGGGGACUUUCCAGUUUAAAGACUUUAGAUCUAAAGAACAAUGAAAUUUCCUGGACUAUUGAAGACAUGAAUGGUGCUUUCUCUGGGCUUGACAAACUGAGGCAGCUAAUACUCCAGGGAAACCGGAUUAGGUCUAUCACCAGAAAAGCCUUCACUGGUCUGGAUGCAUUAGAACACCUGGACCUCAGCGACAACGCGAUCAUGUCAUUACAAGGGAAUGCCUUUUCACAGAUGAAGAAACUCCAGCAAUUGCAUUUAAAUACAUCCAGCCUUUUGUGUGAUUGCCAACUCAAAUGGCUCCCACAGUGGGUGGCGGAAAACAACUUUCAGAGCUUUGUAAACGCCAGUUGUGCCCAUCCUCAGUUGCUGAAAGGAAAAAGUAUUUUUGCUGUUAGCCCAGAUGGCUUUGUGUGUGGUGACUAUGAUCCUGUAAAACUCCACGGCACUAACGCCUCGGGUUUUUUUCUGACGCCAGUGCUUCCUUCGUUCACCAAGACACCCAUGGACCUCACCAUCCGCGCUGGCGCCAUGGCACGCCUGGAGUGUGCCGCGGGAGGACACCCGGCCCCCCAGAUAGCCUGGCAGAAGGACGGGGGCACGGACUUCCCCGCUGCGAGGGAGCGGCGCAUGCAUGUCAUGCCGGAGGAUGACGUGUUCUUUAUCGUGGAUGUGAAAAUCGAGGACAUCGGUGUCUAUAGCUGCACAGCCCAAAACAAUGCCGGAAGUAUUUCUGCAAACGCAACUCUGACUGUCCUAGAAACACCAUCGUUUCUACGGCCCCUGCUGGACCGAACGGUCACCAAGGGUGAAACAGCCGUCCUACAGUGCAUUGCUGGGGGCAGUCCUCCCCCGAGGCUGAACUGGACCAAGGAUGAUAGCCCCUUGGUGGUGACCGAGAGGCACUUUUUUGCGGCCGGCAACCAGCUGCUGAUUAUAGUGGAUUCGGAUGUGGGCGACGCCGGGAAGUACACCUGUGAAAUGUCAAACACCCUGGGCACGGAGCGAGGCAACGUGCGCCUCAGUGUGAUCCCCACGCCCACCUGCGACUCCCCGCAGAUGACCGCCCCCUCGCUGGACGACGACGGUUGGGCCACCGUGGGCGUUGUGAUCAUCGCGGUGGUGUGCUGUGUGGUGGGCACGUCCCUCGUGUGGGUGGUCAUCAUCUACCACACCAGGCGGAGGAACGAAGAGUGCAGCGUCACCAACACAGACGAGACAAACUUGCCAGCGGAUAUCCCCAGUUACUUGUCGUCUCAGGGGACGUUAGCUGACAGACAGGAUGGGUACGUCUCCUCAGAAAGCGGAAGCCACCACCAGUUCAUCACUACUUCCGGAGGCGGAUAUUUCUUAGCACCACAUGACAGCAAUGGGACCUGCCACAUUGAUAACAGCAGCGAAGCCGACCUGGAAGCUGCCACGGAUCCGUUUCUGUGUCCUUUUCUGGGAUCCUCGGGACCCGCGUACUUGAAGGGGAACAUGUAUGGCUCAGAUCCCUUUGAAGCCUAUCAUGCAGGUUGCACUCCCGACCCGAGAACAGCGCUAAUGGACCACUAUGAGCCCAGCUGCCUAAAGAAACAGGAAUGUCCCCCCUAUGCUCUCGCAGUGGAGGAAACCUUUGACCAUGGGCUCACUGCGGUAGGGCUGCCGUCACAUGCCAGGAAGCUGGUCUACUCUCAAAGUGAGGGGCCCGGAAUGAGAAAUGGCUGUCUCAACAAGGCCUCCUUAGAUUUUAGUACAACACCAGAAGCAACGUCCGUGGCAACAACUCACUCUCUCAUGGGUACAUUUGGAAAGCCUCUGAGGAAACCUCACCUGGAUGCCUUUUCAGGCUGUGGGCAGCCAUCAAACUGUCAGCCAGUAGCCUUUCUCUUGAAGGCUCACGAUUCCCCAGACUUGGACUCUGAAGCCGAGGAUGAUGGGAAAUUUGAAAGGACAGAUUUUCAGGAAGAAAAUCACACAUGUUCCUAUACACAGACCUUAGAAAACUACAGGACUCCAAGUUUUCAGUCUUAUGGCUUGGACACAUAGACUGAACGGGAGGAUCAAAGAACUCAUUUCACAUACUACCUCAAGUGGACUUGUAUUUAAAAGAAAGAAAACCCUAUGUUUUUAAAUGGAGCUAUGAAUUAUAAGAGGACAAACUGCCUUAUUUAUACAGAUGAACCAAGAUUACCAAAAAAGUUAUAAAGAUUUUAUACAGGGAAUGACUGUCAUAUAAGACUAUCACUUAAAAAUAUUUUAUGACUUUGUUUUAAGCAAAAAAGAAGUAUGUUAUGUAAAUUAAUGGUAUAAAUCCCAUGACUAUUUUAUGUAUUUUUAUAAUGCCAGAUUUCUUUUUAUUGAAAAUGAGUACUAAAGCAUUUUAAAUAAUACCCAUCUUGUACCUUUUUCUGAUUAGAGGUCCCUUCAUUUUAUUUUACACAUUACAUUUAAUAAAAUGUGUCAUUUUUA